UCCUGCCCGGGGCUCUCAGCAUCGCUGCCGCUGCUCUCCGUGUCAUUCCCAGCGCUCCCAGUAUCACUCGCAGCGCCGCGCGGGUCGCAGCCGCUCCCACACCUGCCCGGGCCGGGCUGGGAGCGGAGGAGGAGCGGGAGGAAGAGGAGGAGCGGGAAGAGGAGGAAGAGCAGCAGCGGGAGGAAGAGGAGGGACACGGGAGGAGCGGCAGGAAGAGGAGGAGCGAUUUUGGAUCCAGGCGCUUCUGCCGCCCGGCCGCACAGAGCGCAGCUUCCCCCGGGUGCGGCAGCAUCGCCCCCCAAAAACCCGCAGGAUUUCCCAAACCUUGGAUGCAUUGAGGACGAGUUAUAGGCCGUGAGGAAGAUGUCGAUGUCCCGGGAGCCGCAGGCAGACAAGGAGCUGAGCACGGCCAGCAGGGAGGACAAAUCCCCGCGGCACAGCCUCGGGCAAGAGGCCGUUUGCAGCGGCUCCACGGCGCAGGAAUGCAACGGGGAGGAAAAGCCCCGCAGAUCCCGCAGCAGGAGGGGCUGCAAACGCACAGCCCGGGGAUCCCAGCAGGAAAGAGCCAGCCCGGGCGGGGGAGGCGGCCGGAGCUCGGAGCUGGGGCUGCGUGAGCAGCUUCAGCGUGGGGAGAAGCCCCACAAGUGCUCGCAAUGUGGGAAGGGAUUCACGUGGAGAUCAGAACGGAUCAAACACCAGAGAGUCCACACGGGGGAACAGCCCUACGAGUGUGGAGAGUGUGGGAAGAGAUUCAGCCGCAGCUCAGGCCUGUCUGUGCACCAGAGGAUCCACACAGGGGAGAGACCCUACGAGUGUGAUAAAUGCAGGAAGACCUUUCUGCGAAGAGCCUGUCUCCUCAAACACUAUCGCACUCACACAGAUGAGAGGCCUUACAGGUGUCCUGAUUGUGGGCAGGCCUUCAAGCACCGCUCCAUUCUCAUGAUCCACCGUCUCAGCCACACUGGGGAGAGACCCUACGAGUGUGGAGAGUGUGGGAAGAGAUUCAGCCAUCGCUCACAGCUGACAGUGCACCAAAGGAGCCACACUGGGGAGAGGCCCUACGAGUGUGAUAAAUGCAGGAAGAGGUUUCAGACCAGCAGCAAUCUCCUCGAGCACUACCGCACUCACAAGGAUGAGAGGCCUUAUGAGUGUCCUGAAUGUGGGAAGGGCUUCAAGCUCAACUCACACCUUGCCAGGCACCGGCGCACCCACACUGGGGAGAGACCCUACGAGUGUGAUAAAUGCUGGAAGAGGUUUCAGACCAGCUCAGAUCUCCUCGAGCACUAUCGCAUUCACAGGGAUGAGAGGCCUUAUGAGUAUCCUGACUGCGGGAUGUGCUUCAAGCAAAACUCAACCCUUGUCACCCACCGGCGCAUCCACACCGAGGAGAGACCAUAUGAGUGUCCCGAGUGUGGGAAGAGCUUCUUACAGAGCUGUAACUUGACCAGUCUCCACUGAGAGAAGCCCUGCGAGUGCCCCGAGUGCGGGAAGAGCUCCGUGCGCUGCUCCAGCUCCAUCCCCCAGGGCAGGAUCCGCGCUGGAUGAUCCCCAGUGACCCCCGGUGGGCAGAGCCCCGCUGAGCCCUGGUGCCGCUGAUCCGUGUUGGGAAGACACCUGGCUGGGGGCUCCACAUCCUCCUGCCUCCCAUCCCACUCCAAUUCCCAUUCCCGCUCUCCUUCCCUCUCCCUGUCCCGUAUUCUCUGCCCGGUUGUCGUUCCCAUAUUCCCAGUCCCAUAUUCCCUGUGUGUUGGGAAGGAUAAGGAUUUGACAGGAAGCUCUCACAGAUAUGUAUGUACAACAUUUCCAUUUCCUAUUCCCAAUCCCAUUCCCGUAUUCCAAUUUCCAUUCCCUGUCCCAUCUUCUAAAUCCCCAUCCCAUAUUCUCUCCCCAAUUGCUAUUUCCAUAUUCCGUGUCCCAUUCCCGUAUUCCCAUUCCCUGUUCCUCUUUCCAUUCCUGAUCCCAUCUCCCAGUCCCCAUUCCCAGUUGUUGCAAUGUGUGACACAGAAGCAUCUCUCAGUACAUUUGAGAGAGAGCAGAAUGCCAAAUUCGAAUUAAAAAACUUCUGAGAAAUAAAAUACAUUAAGCCACGGAAAUAUGAAAUCGAGGUCGAACCUUUAGGUAAGUAGUAAUAUUAACUUGCAUCGAUAUGAAGUAGAAGUAUAAAUCUUAGUUUGAAGUAUGUAGAAAUACGUCUUAAGUGCCUCAAAAAGUAAAAGUCUUAGAGUCUGGUGCUAAAAACAAGCUGCAUUGAGAGCUUAAAACCACAGUUCUAGACAAAAUAAAAAUACAGUUAAAAUCAUUCUUAUAUUGUACAGGGAGAAAACAAAUGCGAUGUGCACAAGUUAGACAUAAGCGUUUAUAUUGGAGAACCCCAAUUCUAACAGGUUAAGGAGAAAUGGUUCAGGUUUGUGUUUUGUGAUCAUUGGGAAAUUUGUCAAUAAAAAUCCGUAUCUUGCAGCCAGA